CUUUUACUUAACUGUACACACAACUCUUACAUCUUUAACGAAAAAAUGACAUGUUGCCUAAAACAUAGUCUCUUGCAUCUUUUGCUGAUAGAUCUGAUAUUUUUCGUUUGUGCAUGCUGCUUAUUGGUGUUGAGUCUAUUAGCAAUAGAAAAUAGGAUACCAAAUUGCAUUUUAUUUCCUAUUAACAUUUUUAAAAUGCUAACAAUAUUAGGUUUAUUACUUCUCUUCAACUCACUCAUUGGCAUUGUCUACACAUACUUUUUCAAUAAGAACAACAAAAAAACGGAAGCCAGAAGACUACGUAUCUUGUAUAUAAGUGUUAUCUGUAUCACUUUUAUUUAUCAGCUAUCUAUCGGUAUACUCAUCUACGAUGAAGCUUCAACACAUAACAUUUCCAAUUGGUUAUUGAAUUUUCAUAAUAACAUAUUGACUGCCGCCCCUACAACAGCAUCUCAUAUUCGCUAUAUCGAAGCAAAAUUUCAGUGCCGUUAUUACUUGGCAACGACAGGAUCAACAGCAGUGAAUAUGAUAACUUCCUCUUCAACGUGUUACGAACCCAUUAUUCAUUAUGUACAGACAGUUUUAUCCAAAUUUUACAUCUCCUUAUUUGCAACUUUACCUAUCGAAUUGAUAUUUCUAUCUCUAGUAUUUUUUAUCUCUUAAUUUUUUUACUUUUUUUUCUUUUUUUUUUUUUCUACUUUA